CAAGUUAAUCAGCACUAACUGAACAGGAUCGUCACGAUUGGUCGCUUAUGCAAAUUAUUUGCAUAUGGUAAAGUAUAUAAAAGUAGACAAUAUUUCAUAUCUGUCCUUUCUAAGAACAUUUGAGGAUUGAUAAUUGUGUGAUGGAUGCUGUUACAUGUAAAUUGUUUGCGUCUUUGUGUUUAUGGACAUAUAUAUUUAUUGAAUGUAGUAACGGUGUACCAUUUCAUGGCUUCCUAACAUCAGCUGACAAAUUCUCGCGAGAUAUCGGAGAGGAAGAGAUUGAUGAAAAUGAGCAACGUAUUAGAGAAGAAGAUUUAAGAAAAUUGAUACUAAAGAAACUUAGAUUUCGUGAUAUAGAAGAUGUUUCAUAUCCACGUGAAUAUGACGAACUGUCAAAACUAUAUGACCUUUCACCCUUAGAUACAUCAGAAAAAGAACAGAAGAGAAGUUCAAAUAUCAAUAGUGCAUUUGCUGACAAAGUGGCUGCUCUGCUUAAUGGACUGAAAACUAGACAAAUAGAUAGCCCAAAAGUUAGAAUGUCAAGUCUUCGGUUCGGACGAUGAUUUUAAAUAAACUUUAACCUAAUGACAUUCAUUGAAACUCAAGUUUAACUUAGUAUUUUUAAUCAAAUUGUACAAGAAAUAUUGGUUUGCAUUUUAAUGUUGCAAAUAAAUGACACAGUAUUAA